UAUUACAUAAUAUGCUUAUUAAACAUAUUAAAUAUAAGCAAUAUUACAUGUUUCUAUUUUUAUGAUUGCUCGGGUGUCCCACUCUCUUAAUAGACCCGUUCCGUUCAUUAGCCUGCAGUAUUAUUCCCAGGAUUUCUCUCUCCUCCCCCCGCGCCACCCUAGCCGCCUUUCCCGCGGCAGCAGCCGGGCUGAGACGCGGGCAGAGCGGCGGGGAGAGAGAGCCUGGGUCUGGAUCAACAAGAAGCCAACGGCUUCAUUUCAAACCAGGACAAGCAGCAACAAACAAGAUAGAACAACAAGGGCGAAGUGAAGACACCGAGAGGAGGAUCAGAGGCUGGAACAGCCUGGGUCUUAGAGAAAAAGAAGAAGUUUGAAAUGAUUUAAAACAUUUUUUCGAACUUUUCUGGACUUCGGCCAUUGGGAGACUAAACGACAACUUUUUUUUUUUUUUUUCUGUUGUUGUUGUUGUUUGGAAAGUCAGCAAUCGUUUUACAGUUAAGAAAUUCGGGAUCAUUUUGUACAACUACAUACUUCUAUUAAGCACGCCUUGUCCUCCUGCGUUUCUCCACCAACUAGUAUCUCCGAGAUCCACCUGCCAGCGAAGUGCUUUUACAACCAUUAAGACACAGUGCAGUAGCGUGAAUCUUAAAAAAAACCAAAAAAAACUCUUAUAUGGGUUCAAACUAUAUAUAUUACGAAAAGAAUAACAGCUUAUAGAAUAUAGACGUUUAGCUUCAUGCUGGAAUAUAUAAGUACAAAUGAGUCUUUGCAACGUUUUUUCUCCAUUAAGGCUGUGAGUAGGAGUAUACUGAUAAGCUGUUUAAUCGCUGUUAAUUUCCAGUGACUGUUAAGAGAGUUCGACCCAAGGCAAACAGCUGGGAUUAGGUAUAAAUAUAUAACAUACAUAGAAAUACUGGUACGUGUAAGAAACAAACAAACAAACAAACAAACAAACAAACAAACAAAACAGCAGAACGUUUUGUGCAGUUCGGCUGUGGAGAGGGGCGACUUUAUCUGAUAGCCAAGUCAAAGCAAAGACUACAUCUUUCUGUGAGGCUACAGAUCCCUGAUCACAUAGGAGCCCCCCUUUGUGGUCAGUGCGCAUGUGCCGGGGCUGGACAGCGCCAGAGAGGGAAAUUUAAAAACGGUUUGGAGAGACAACUGUGCUGAUAAAAUACAAAGACACAGACAGCACCGCAGCAGCGCAGCAGCAGGAAAACAGCAAUUCCACCCAGUCUUCAAUCCUUUAGGAGAUGAUAGAAAGCGAAAUCACGUCCAGAAUGUCAGGAAUUCUUGGAAAUUCAGGACAAAGCCAUCACCCUUCAGCCCAGGACUACAGGUUGCUGACCUCCGACCGCUCCCAGCUGAGCGAGGACGACCUCCCCAGUGACCUGCAGUCCCUCUCCUGGCUGACCUCUGUGGACGUGCCCCGACUACAGCAGAUGGCAACGGGACGCCUUGACUUCAGCAUGAACUCCCAGAAUUCCAUGCUGGAGCAGCAAACAGCCCAAAUGAACAACAUGAAUGUAGCUGGAGGACAGGGUGCCAUGAUUCACAUUCAGAGCAGCAUGCAGAACAGCAUCAUGGGAAUGAACACCAUGGCAACCCACAGUGGUAAUAUGACUCCGUACUCUAUGAGUGGGGAGCUAUCCCCUAGCUACCAGCAACAGCAGACGCUAUACCAGCCUACUGCCCAGCAAGUCUACACCCUCUCACAGACCAGCCAGCAGUGUUCUCCAGUUGGUCUCUACAGCAACACCUCGUACGGGACCCAAACCCAGUUCAGCCAGCCACGCCUCGCCCCUCACAACCAGGACCUGCAGCCCAAAUCCUACCCCAAACCCAUCUACUCUUACAGCUGCCUGAUCGCCAUGUCUCUGAAGAACAGCAAGACAGGCAGUCUCCCCGUCAGUGAAAUCUACAGCUUCAUGAAGGAACACUUUCCCUAUUUCAAGACAGCUCCGGAUGGCUGGAAGAACUCGGUCCGGCACAACCUGUCCCUGAACAAGUGCUUCGAGAAGGUGGAGAACAAGAUGAGCAGCUCGUCACGCAAGGGCUGCCUCUGGGCUCUCAACCCUGCCAAGAUCGACAAGAUGGAGGAGGAGAUGCAGAAGUGGAAACGCAAGGACCUGCCCGCCAUCCGUCGCAGCAUGGCCAACCCAGACGAACUGGACAAGCUGAUCACAGACCGGCCUGAGAUGUGCAGACGGAAGCCGUGUGAUCCUGGGAUGACCCACCUGUCCUCCUCCUCCUCCUCCCAGGGAGGGAUGACUCCCCUGCCCCCCCAGCCUGUGAUGACGCUGUCCCUGCAGUCCCUGCCGCUGCAGCACCACCAGCUGCAGACGCACGCCCGCCUGGCGCCCUGCUCCCCCUCCCCCGCACAGACCCCCCCGCUCCACACCAUGCCCGACCUCGGCCAGCACCCCAGCAAGCCGCACCACGACUUCUUCAGCCUGCACUCCGACAUGAGCACGGAGGUGGACGCACUGGACCCCAGCAUCAUGGACUUCGCUCUGCACGGAAAUCUGUGGGAGGAGAUGAAGGACGAAAGCUUCAACCUGGACACGUUAGGCGCCUUCAGCAACUCCCCUCUGCGUCUCUCGGACUGUGACCUGGGCACGGCCGGCCUGACCCCCGUGUCCCGCAGCAGUGACCUCUCCUUCUCUGACCUGCAGGUCACGGGCCUCUACACCACGUACACCACCCUGGACACGGUGUCGUCCCAGUACAUGAGCACGCAGGGCAACAACAAGCCCAUCGCUCUGCUAUAGGGCCAGCCGAGAGAGAGCUAUCAAAGAGACUGUAAAGAAACUAGACUUGUUUGAAUUCAAAAAAUAAAUUACAUUUAAACGCCUGACUUUUUGCACAGUGGCACUGAUCUACAUGCACCAUCCCUGGCUCGCUACUCGCUACUCGCUUCCUUUCCUCCUCUGCUCUUUGUGGGAAUCACAGCAAGCACCAGGUGACACCAGUGAACUCCAUGGCCAGGUUGCACACUGUAUGCUUUCACACAUUCCUGUCAGGCUUCAGUGAAACCCCUUCACCCAGUUCCGAGAAAGGCAGAUUCCGGCAGGCAAUGCAUUGUCCCUCUAUGCAGGACAUGUCUGCUCAUGACCCAGAUCAUGACACUAAAUGGCUGCAACUCACUUCUCUGCUUUUUGGCAGAACUUUUCUCCUAUACACUCUUCCCUUUCAACACAGUAAGGAUCCUUUAGUAUCCAAGUCUCUGCAUCCAAACAAUUGUCUCUUUUUCAUUCAAAUACUGAACUGCAGAUUCCAAACUUCAAUUUAUGAGAGUUGAGUUUGAUUUUUUAAGAGUUGUUUUGCUGUUGUAAAGCCAGAUAUAGCAUAAGAACCAAAAGCAUGUGUCACCUUUUCAGGGCAAUUACAUGGGGCAUUAUAUAGAAUUUGGAAAAAAAAUGGUACAUGUCUUUAUUGAUUGAGGUCUGGCUGGACAAUGCUAAUAUCUUGCUGUGCACAUCAAAUGUAUUUUGAACCAUGUGACAGUGUUUUAAUUUAAGGGUAGCAAUUAACUGUGACUGAGCAUCUGUGAUGGUUGCAAAAGACUUCUUGUGAUAUAAUUGUGUUUUAUCAAACACAUGUAAUAAUGUAAAUUUGAACGGUAUGAACUGUGUAAUAUAAUAAAGAGCGACCACAAAACAAAAAAAUGAAAGAAAAUGGUUCAUUUGACAAAACAAGGUAGGAAUAGUGUUGAAUGUUAGAUUUAUAAUAUUAUUAUUAUUAAUAAUAGAUAGCGGUGUCUUGUGUUUUUCUGUGCUUGUGCUAGGCAGUAUUACUGUUUGUAUUUCUAUUUAUUGAUGUGACGAGAGAGAGAUGAGGCGUGUUGGAUGUUAAUCAGGCACUGUUUACAUGUUCUCAGGCUGCAUUAUCCCUUUAUAUGUGAUCAGCUCUUCAUUUUACAGACGUCCUCAUCAAAGGAAAAGUGUGCAUGCUAUUCACAAUUAUAAAGUGCUUUAUAUUUCCUUAAGGCUAAUUAAAGAGAUGCCAACACUUUUUCUUGUACUCUCAGCACAAAAACACCAAUCAAAGCCCCUUUGUUUUUUGUUGUGUUUUUAACUAUAAGACGACUAUUAUUUUCAUUGACCUAAUGCUAAAUGCAUUUAAAUAUUUAAUAUUAAUUAACUUAUUUAAUGGAUACAUUUGGUGUUAAUGUUAUAAUUAUUAAGAGGCUUGCACUGCAAGUUUCAUCUUUCCCCUUUUGUACGAUUUAAUUACGUUUUCUUCCAAAACACUUUGUAUUAAAUACUUCAUCAAAAUGAUACAUCCAUAGCUUGUACAUCACUUAAUGAGGGAUACUGCAGCUUUACCCUUCAUUAUUACCAAGUGAAAACUUCAUAUAAGAUACAUCAGCUGCGUUUGUUGAAAGUAUUGUUUUUUUGUUGUUAUUUGUUUAUACAUUUUAGGUGUACUAAAAGGAAUAAUAGUAAAUUAUCUUUGUAAAAACAUCCACUUUAGGAAUAAAUAUUUAA